CAACUAAACCAUAGACAAUAGACAAAUUGUGAAGAACUAUCAAAAAGUGGCUUCCAUUUUGCUGUUAAAUGCGUUAAAUGCGCAAGAAUUUACAAAAAUUAGACAAAAUUGUGGUAUAAAACGUGAUUAUUUGGUAAAUUCGUGAGAAACGCAGUAAAUAGUUAAGGAUGGCAGCCAGCGACUCCGGGACGGAUGAGUCACUGUACCCCAUUGCGGUGCUCAUCGACGAGCUCAAGAAUGAGGAUGUUCAGCUGAGAUUGAUAUCUAUCAAGAAGCUAUCGACUAUUGCGCUGGCUCUAGGCGUCGAGAGGACUCGCUCUGAGCUCAUUCCCUUCUUGACGGAAACGAUUUACGAUGAAGAUGAAGUAUUGCUUGCACUUGCUGAGCAACUUGGUAACUUCAUUAACCUGGUUGGUGGUGGGGAGUAUGCACACUGUCUGCUCCCACCUCUGGAAUCAUUGGCCACAGUUGAAGAAACUGUGGUGAGGGACAAAGCCGUAGCAUCCCUCAGGGCGGUAGCUGCACAUCAUUCUCCGCAAGCUUUAGAACAGCAUUUUGUGCCAUUAGUGCAGCGUCUUGCUGGAGGCGACUGGUUUACAUCUAGGGCAUCUGCAUGUGGAUUAUUCAGCGUGUGCUACCCGCGCGUGUCCGCCCCGGUGAAGGCAGAGCUGCGGGAACACUUCCGCUCGCUGUGCCAGGAUGACACGCCCAUGGUGCGGCGCGCGGCCGCCUUCAAGCUGGGCGAGUUCGCGCGCGUCGUCGAGGUGGAGUACGUCAAGAGCGACCUCAUACCCAUGUUCGUUAACUUGGCACAGGAUGAGCAAGACUCAGUCCGUCUUCUAGCGGCGGAGGCAUGUGCCGCAGUGGCCGCGCUGCUGCCCCCUGAGGAUAUGGAGCAACUUGUGAUGCCCACAGUACGCGCCCGAGCUGGAGACACCUCGUGGCGAGUGCGAUACAUGGUCGCUGACAAAUUUGUUGAGCUUCAGCAAGCUGUGGGCCCAGAGCUGGCUCGUUCUGAUCUUGCACAGAUCUUCCAAGCACUUCUAAAGGACACUGAGGCGGAGGUACGAGCUGCUGCAGCUGGGAAGGUGAAAGACUUCUGCAUGAACUUGGAUAAAGCACACCAAGAGCAUAUAAUCAUGAACAUGAUUCUACCCCAAAUCAAGGAUCUAGUGUGCGAUCCCAACCAACACGUGAAAUCUGCCCUCGCAUCCGUUAUCAUGGGACUCAGCCCCAUCGUGGGACGACAGAACACAAUCGAACACCUACUGCCAUUAUUCCUGACACAACUCAAAGACGAAUGCCCUGAAGUCCGCCUAAACAUAAUCUCCAACCUUGAAUGUGUGAACGAAGUUAUCGGAAUCCAACAAUUAGUACAAUCCCUCCUCCCAGCCAUCGUGGAGUUAGCUGAAGACACAAAAUGGCGAGUACGCCUUGCCAUAAUCGAACACAUGCCUUUACUAGCCGGACAAUUGGGACAAGAGUUCUUCGACGAGAAACUCACAGGACUAUGCAUGUCCUGGUUAAUCGACCAUGUGUAUGCUAUCCGUGAAGCGGCUACGUUGAAUCUGAAGAAGCUUGUCGAACAGUACGGAGCACCCUGGGCAGAAACGAAUGUCAUACCCAAAGUAUUAGCCAUGUCCCGUGAACAAAAUUACCUACACCGAAUGACAUACUUGUUCUGCAUUAAUGUGCUAUCCGAAGUUUGUGGAAAGGACAUCACUACUCGGGUACUUCUGCCAACCGUCUUGUCUAUGGCCGACGAUAAUGUUGCCAACGUACGAUUCAAUGUUGCCAAAACUUUACAAAAAAUGGCACCGUACCUCGAUCCAGCUGUUAUCCAGCCACAAGUUAAACCCGUUUUGGAAAAACUAAACGUAGAUCCGGAUGUGGACGUAAAGUAUUUCGCUUCGGAAGCCAUCGCUGGGAUCGCCGGUUAAUAAAUUAAAAUUAAUUAUUAUUGUUAAUUUUAAUUAUUGUGAGUGGUCAAACAGAAAGGGGCCUGGAGUCAAAAUAAUUUGAUUUUUAGUAAAUUGAAACUCAAAAAGUAAAUAUACCCAUAUCUAUUUAUUGGUAUCUAAAAAUAUACCCUUGAUAAAGUAUAUAUACCCAUAAGUGGCUCACAAACUCAUGUUAGCGUCAGUACUGGACAGAUGUUGAGAACCAUUUCUCCUCAAGGUCCAAGGCAAAGGGUUCCUACACCUGGGGUUGCGAAACCAAAUCAAAGUCUUAUUGCCGUAAGAUCUUUGGCACCGAACAGACAACUAUUUGGACAAAAUGUCAGUAGCCCUCAGAAAAUAUAUGAUACUGUGGUUUUAUUUGAAGGCAGUGAUUGGAAAGAAGUGAAGUUGCUUGCUGAAGAAGGACUUAAACAAAUCACGACAUGGUUAGAGGACAACCUACUUACAAUCAACACAGUGAAAAAAAAGUAUGUGUGUACAUCAAUUCAGAAUAACCCAGACAAAGACUUUAAACUUCCUAUUAACACUUAUCCUUGUAAUCGGAAAAGUGGGCUAGACGCUUUUGUAGCUGUGACAUUUUAACCAAAGAGACAACUGUUAAAUAUCUUGGAAUUACAUUAGAUGUACAUCUUAGCUGGUCAACUCAUAUUCAUAACACCUCUAAUAAAAUCAAGAAACUUAUCCCAUUAUUUAUGAAUCUAAGAGAUGUUGCCCCUAUCGAAACAACUAUGAUGGUCAUAAACUCCGUUUGGCGGUAGGUCUGGACAGACAAUUAUGUUGAGAACCAUUUCUCCUCAAGGUCCAAGGCAAGGGUUCCUACACCUGGGGUUGCGAAACCAAAUCAAGGUCCUAGUGCCGUAAGAAUGCAGCGAGCCCCAAGUCGACAUCCGACACCUUUGCCAGAAUUUGUAAAGCAAUAUCAACCACAGAAUUGGAAAGCCUUGCCUUCGGUUCCCGAGCUCAAAUUGUCAAAAGUAGAAAAUAGAAUUGUAAUAUCAUGGAAGAUAGAUGGAUACCAGGAAGAUACCUAUGAAGAAAUUGCAAGUUAUCAAUUGUACACUUUCCAGGAGACUACGUCGUCUCUGAGAAAAAUCUCUCUCUAUGGAAAAAUGUCAAAGCUUUGGCACUGUCUAUGGUUGCACUUUUCUUAUGGUAUGCACGUUGACACAGUUUAUGGCCGUAUAUAAAUACUACACCGAAAACCCGUUUCCAAAUCACUCCAACCGUUUUCGUUUGACCACUCACAAUUGCUGUAUCUUGUAUUGUCUAGUUUGUAUUUAUAUCGGAAAUUCAGAGAUUUUAAGUCCUACACAUACGAGCGGUAAAUUUUCAUUCCAGUGUAAAUCAAUAGUGAAUCAUUUCAAGCGGCAUGCAUUUAAAUCGCACUAUGACAUUGUAAACGAGUUUAAUAAACGUAAUAUAAAAG